CCGGAAGGCGUGGAAUUUGCUCCGAAGGCGAGAUUCCAUGGUUCUCCACCCGCGCCGCCGUUCCGCUAACUGGCACCACUCCACCAGGGCGAGACCAGAUCUAGCUUGAUUGGUACGGCGAGUCGAUGGAUGCGAGACGAGGCCAGUCAGAACCAGCCGAUUCAGUGGAGGUUAGUCCAUGGUGCCAUUUCUGGAUGCUGUGUAUCGAAUAUUCUGUCGUCGGGGGGGGAUCUCUUCCACGUGGUGGACAGAGCUUGGCGUGGGAGGCGCAAAAUUAUCGAUUCUCGAGUCAGUCAGAGACUUCCGAUCAGGCCACACUGCUGCCUAGAUGCAAUGGAGGGAAGAGCAGACCAGGAAAGAUUGUGACUAAUGGAUAUUGCUGGGGAUGGGUCGUGCAGAGAUACGAAGUAUGUUUUGCUGGGGGGUUCAGAAGUCCCUAGAAGCAAUGCCAGAGGAGUGGAGAAACAAGAGGUAUCAUUGGUGGUACUCGAGUCAAGAAUGAUGAAGUAGUACUAUCGUUGAGGGGGAGAGUUGGAGGUGUUGAAGAAGCAGCAGAAGCUGAUUGUGAU